GCGAAAGGCGGCCCCGGGACGGCCCCGGAGGUUUUGAGGAGCCGCCGGCAGCUGCGGCAGCCCCGGCCGUGCCCCCCAGCCCGUCCCCGCUGCGGCCCCCAGCCCGUCCCGGCCGUGCCCCCCAGCUCAGUGCCCGGAGCCGAGCGAAAACUGGACAGAAGUCUCUGAAUUUUCGCUGCCCGAUCCAAACCAGAAAGGGAUUCCGGGAUCCAACACCUCAGUUUCAAGCCUCUGAGUGAAGGUGGUGUCGCCUCAGAAUCAAGGUGAGGAUUCCCAGGUUUCCAUGGAUUUUACCAGCCCUCCAUUACCUCUACAAGACAAUGGUUUUAGUAUGGUACCCAUUGUUCCACCUGGGGCAUCCCUGGAAGAAAUUGAUAACCUCAAGGAAGAGCUGAGGAUAUGGAAGAUAAAAGUUGAAGACGCUCAAAAGGUAAAAGCUGACCUCAUUUCCUCCAAAUCAAGAGCAGAGGCCGAGUGUGACAGAGCAGAGAAGCAGCUGACAGAGCUGAAGGAGCAGGAGAAGCAGAGGAAGGGGAGAAUCACCAGCUGUGAGGAACUCUUGCUGCUAAAGCAAGAAAACACUGAGCUGAAAAAGGAGAUUGAAAAGCUCAAAGAAGACCUGAAAGAACACAGUUCCCAGGAUAAUCCGUUGGAGAUUAAAAAGAAGGUGGCAGAAAUGCAAUUGAAGUUCACUCACCUGAAAGAGAUGAAGGAUGAUGGGGCAGAUGUGGAUAUGGACACCCACUGUGUCUUUGGGGUGGCCACAAAAACCCCCUUCAGACUCAACCAGAGCCAGGCACUGCUGACUUUUGAAGAUGAAGAAGUUGCCCAGAAGCUGACAAAGAUGAGCAAGCACUAUGUGAACCUGGACAACAGAACAGCAAAUGUGACAGUGAAGCCUUUUGAACUCGACAUGGGAUUCCAGUUUGAGCUCCAUAUCACUGUCUCUGGAAAGAAGAUCAACGUUUCAGACAUACCUGAGCUUCCUAUUCCUGAAGAAUGGAUGAGAGACAAACUUGAGCUGUAUUUCUACAAAACUGAGCAGGCAGGAGGAGGAGGAGAAAUAGAAAAAGUGACCUACAACAAGGGGUCUGGGACAGGUGUCAUCACAUUCCUCAAACCUGGAGCAAGCUACAACUUUGUGCGAUGUACUAAAUACCCUUUCUGUGCAGAGGAAAAGUGGUCCAUCAUUUCUGUCUCUCCACACUUUGAUUUCCACUUGAGGAAUUUUCAGCCACACUGCAGGGUUUCCAAGAAAACCAUUCUGCUGAAAGGAGUCCCAGAGGUGGAAGAGGAUGAAGAAAGUGUGCAGGACAUGAUUGAAAUUCACUUCCAAAAGCCAAGCAAUGGUGGGGGGGAGAUAGAGAAAAUCAAAUACAUCUCCAGAGGAGCAGCCUAUGUUUGCUUUGAGGAGGAUACUGGGAAUGCCAGCUCAGAAAUCACAGGGGACUCAUGAGGUUUUGUUCCUCAGGGAUUUCUGUAGGUAUUGUGCUUUAAUGCUCUGAAAUUGAUGCUGUAGCAAAGGAAUCCUGCCUUCCUGCUUUGUCUCAUGGCACUGGCUUUGCACAGGCAGUCAGCAAAACUCCCUGCCUGUGUUACACAUUAAAGGCACAGACCAAGCCUUCAGCAGCCCCUGAAAUAGCUCACAUUUUCUGCAACUUUGCAUAUUUUAUACCUGGCAGAUUUUAAAAUACUCCAGAGUGGGAUGAGUGGAUUAUUAAUUACAUUCUGGAUACAAAAGCCAUAUUUUAUCCCAAUCCAAGCCUCCUCCCAGUCCUGCUUUGUUAAGUGCCAGAGUUUCAGAAGGUGGCUCUGAGUGCCACCAGAACUCAAAACACCUGAAAACAUCCUGUAAUUUCAUAAAAGCCACCUUAUCAAAUCAGUGAUAGAAUUAAAAUAGAAAAUGGGAAGAACAGAAUAGAAUUAAAAUAGAAAUUAAAAUAGAAAAAAACCAAGAAAUUGCACUUAAGAAAUGCCCUGGCAUUUGCUGCCUUUAGCUGUUCAUAGCCUGGUUUACUGUUUGAUUUUAAUACUUGUUUCUGCAAUUAAAUUUUCCUAAUUUUUGUUCAUGAUUUUGGUAAUUUUAAACUAUUUCAGCCAAGGAUUGAGCUGAUGCUGUACCUGGUUUUGUAACAGUGCUGCUGAACAGUCCUGAGGGAUCUGGUGAUCCCAGGCUGGGGCUGGGAGGGCAUGGAGAGAGUGAUUUUUCCAAGGAGGAAUGUUUCUCCUUUUCUGCUGCCAUCCUUGGAAAACAAAUCCUCCUCUGACUUUGCACUUUUGCCAUCCUUGGGGGCUGAAAUGGUUUGGCCCCAAUAGUCUUGUCUCCAAACUAACAUGAGCCUGACAUUUUAAAUAAUUUCUUUUUGGGGUAUUUGACAUCUUGAUGUGCAGGGAAAGGAGAGGGAAUACCUCGGGGAUUAUUAUUCCAGACAAACUUAAUUGGCAACGGAUAAAAGUUGAAUAUGGAAAGUUAAAAGGCUGCAAACACCAGAGUUUAUUUUGAAUUUGCUGUUGAGUGAGAUACAUGUGACUGUAGCACCUCUCACUGUUUAGGGCAUGUAAAGGCAGGGAUUGAUUACCUGACCAUUGUAAAAGAAUAAUAAUCACUCCAAACAAAGUAGUGCUGAAGAAUUUCCAGAAAUUGUGCACUUUUGCACUCUCAAAAACGUGGUAAAACCAGACACCUUAAAAAGAGAGGGGGGAAAACCUGAGAAACAGUUGAAAUCCAUGACA